AUGUGGGUUCCUGGAAGAACAGAAGCAGCUUCUCUUGGGGUGGCUGGAAGGCUUGGCGGGAGACAUUGUCAAGGAAAUGGCGGCAACCUUGCCCACGGUCUCCAGGGAAACUCACUGGCCUGGCAGGAGAAGGCAUUGCUUCCCUUCCCAGAGUCGGCUGCUAGCCCCAAGAGCAGGAGAGAGGCUGAAUCUCUGAAGAGGGAUGAUGGCUUUCUAGAACUGGAGUUGAAGCUUAGCUGUUUCUCUGAACGAAGGCCCAUCUUGGAGGGGGUGCUGAGCCGUUUCAAAGAGUCACUGCAGCUGGAACUGGAGAACCUCACAGACUCCAGAGCGGCUUCCCCGCUUUGUCAGAGAAUGUCCAGCCCUAAACAGCUUCAGAAAGAAACGGAGGCGGCAGAACUGGUUCAGGGCCUGCUGACGUUUGAGGACGUGGCCGUGAAUUUCUCAGAGGAGGAGUGGGCCCUCCUUGACCCCCCUCAGCGAGCUCUCUACAGGGAUGUCAUGCAGGAGAACUACAAGAAUAUGACCUCACUGGUCCUGGCCAUCACGAAGCCUGAUGUGAUCUCUCACCUGGAACAGGUGGGUGAGCCAUGGACAGAGGACCUAUACUGUUCCAGGCAAAACACAGGAAUUUUGGUCACCACAAAGCCAGAUAUCUUUCCUUGUCUGGAACAAGGGGAUGAACUGAUGGCCGAGGAUUUGUGUGCUUUGGAGGAAAGCGGCGGCAAGCCCAAAGUUCAACUAACUAAGAUGAAAGUCACUUGA